GCGCAAUGUUUUGGGGGCUAUCAGCGCGGCGCGGAGCCCUGGCUGCCGGCGGCCGGUUCCUGGGCUGAGGGCAGCGGCGCCCGCGCCUCCGCAGUGGCUGCGGUCUCUGCCCUCGGGAGCAGCGGGGAGCACUGGCAGCCCGAGACGACAACUAAGGACGAGGAGGAGGAGCAGGAGGAGGCUGCGGCGAUCUGGUGGAGCCUCCCGGCGAGGGGCAGGGCUCGCCCCGGUCCCCGGAGCGGCGCGGGCGGGGAGUCGGCAGCCCCGUGGCAACGCGCGGCGGCGGCGGUGCCGUGGCAGCGGCCGCGGUGAUGAUGAAUAGGUUCAGAAAGUGGCUCUACAAACCCAAGAGAACAGACCCACAGCUCCUUGCCCAGUUCUAUUAUGCUGAUGAGGAACUAAAUCAAGUAGCAGCCGAACUGGACAGUUUGGAUGGAAGGAAAGACCCCCAGAGAUGCACGCUGCUAGUCAACCAAUUUCGCUCUUGUCAGGAUAAUGUUUUGAACAUCAUCAAUCAAAUCAUGGAUGAAUGCAUUCCACAUGAACGGGCCAACCGAGACUUCUGUGUCAAGUUUCCAGAGGAAAUCCGUCAUGACAACCUCGCAGGACAGCUUUGGUUUGGAGCAGAAUGUUUGGCUGCUGGUUCAAUCAUUAUGAAUCGUGAAAUUGAGAGUAUGGCGAUGAGGCCAUUGGCCAAGGAUCUGACCCGAAGCCUGGAGGAGGUUAGAAAUAUCAUUCGUGACCAGGCCUUGAGGGAUUUGAACCUCUACACAGAAAAAAUGAGAGAUUCUCUGAAGCAUUUUGAUGUCCUUUUUGCAGAAUUUGAAUUGAGUUACGUGUCGGCCAUGGUACCUGUGAAGUCUCCAAAGGAAUAUUAUGUACAGCAGGAGGUGAUUGUGCUUUUCUGUGAAACUGUGGAGAGAGCUUUAAGGCUUGGAUACCUCACUCAAGAUAUGAUUGAUGACUAUGAACCAGCUUUAAUGUUUACAAUUCCAAGAUUAGCCAUUGUAUGUGGCCUUGUUGUCUACUCCGAGGGACCAUUAAACUUGGACCACAAACCAGAAGAUAUGUCUGAACUCUUCAGACCUUUUCACACUUUGCUGAGAAAAAUAAGGGAUCUCCUUCAGACGCUGACCGAGGAUGAGCUGCACACACUGGAACGUAACCUCUGCAUCUCUCAAGACGUGGAUUUUCCUGUCAGAGCGGAUCCGGAAGUUCCCUCUGUCAUUGCACCGGGCAUGAUGGCCACUCUGCCUGCUAAGGAGCUCUCAGCUAAAGCUGAAAAUACAGAGGCUGAGCUGGCUUGUUCCAUGCAGUAUGACGAACAGGAGCUGGAACAGCUGAACAGGAUGGUACACAGAGUUGGAGAUGAAAUGUCUUCUCUGCUUUCCCCUCCAAGCAUCUGCCAGUCUCCAGCACACAGACCCAGCCUAAGAAAUAGCUCUAGCACAGAAGCUUCACCAACAAGACACCAUCUUGACAGUUUAACUGAUGAAGAGGACAGAGUUUUUUUUAUGGAUGACUUAGAUGGAGCAGGAGAAGCUCUUGCUGGGUUGGAUUCAGUAAGUGACACUUUUGCCUGGGUGAAUAACCCUUGCCAUGAUUCGAAACAGAACCUGCAAUACAGAGAUGCUUUGCUGUACGAGAACGGCCAUCAGACAGAGGAGUCUUUGCUUUUAAAAGAUGCUGAAAGUGACCUAAGCAAUAAUAACAAUGUUGAAGACAGCAAGCAGAUGUCUGGCAUUGCAGUUCAGAAUUCCUGCAGCUGUUUAGAAGGUCCAGACUCACAGUUAUACCUCAAUGGCUGGGAUGCCUAUGCUGAUGAUGCAGAAAUGGCAGAAGUGAUAGCUCACAGGACAGGGGGGAUGAAAAUAUCUGCCACUGUAAUAUUCAAUCCCAAAUCUCCUUCUAGCUCAGAGUCCCCAGUAACAACUCCUGAAGCAGCUAUUAGUUGUGUUCCUGGAUCUGCUAAUCUGUUAGCAAACGAGGAGGAGGAUGAAUCCCAUAAACUCAGUAUGGCUGCCACAAACUGUCUAAUUAAUUCCUGUGUGUGUUGUGGCAGCUGUGAAGACAGCAGGGAGGACAGUGUUGAGGGUUUAAAGACUAAACAUUCUGCUGGAGGUGUUGUAAAUGCUUCAUACACGUUAGUAAAGUCUAAGGAAAUGGACCACGUAGAUAACGUGGACAAUUCAGUCCCUGCACAGGAAACAUUACAGCCUGAAAGUUCUGCUUUGUUAGCAGAAAGAGACUUUGGCACAGAAGAGCAAAAACUGCCAAUCUCCUCUAAGUGCCUGGCACAUUCCUCAGGUUCACAGGUAGGAGCAGAAAAUGACUCACAAGGAGAAGCAGAGGGAAUCUCAAAUCAGCAGAAGAGGUGGGAAAAGAGAAAACAACUCUGUGAAAACAAAGUGGACAGCAAUGAAGAGACCAGUAGUGAAAGGACAGCUAAGGAAGAUGUCAAGUCAAGAUCUAGUUCAAGUUCUCAGGAUGGCUUACGUGAUUCCCCCCUCAGCUCCAUCUCCAGCAGUGACUAUGAGAGUGUUUCUGUCACUACAUGUAGUCUCUCCAGCAUAUACGCUCUGAGCAGUUUAAUGACAAGUUCUUGUUCAUCUGAUGACAUUGAUCAGGAAGAAAUCCAGCUGGCUCUGCAGGCUGCUAAAAUUGCCACACGAGAGAAGAUACGCUCCAGAUUUCACGGCAGCAAUGAUCUGAUUCACCGCCUCUUUGUCUGUAUCUCAGGUGUUGCUGACCAGCUGCAGACAAACUAUGCCAGUGAUCUCAGAAGUAUCUUAAAGACCUUGUUUGAAGUUAUGGCAACCAAACCUGAAACAGAAGACAAGGAGAAGCAAAAGAAAGUUAAUCAGGGCUUAAGGAAUGCAGCUUUGGAAGAUUGUGCUUUGUGUCAAGAAAGUAUUUCCUCCUCAGAGCUCGCAGCAAAGGCCAGAGAUGGGGACUUUGAAGAUCCUCCUGACUGGGUUCCAGAUGAAGUCUGCAGCUACUGCACUGCGUGCAAGGCUCCUUUCACAGUCAUUCGCAGGAAACACCACUGUCGGAGCUGUGGCAAGAUCUUCUGUUCCCGCUGCUCCUCCCACUCUGCUCCAUUACCUCGUUAUGGUCAGAUGAAGCCUGUCCGUGUUUGCACUCACUGUUACAUGUUCCAUGUCACUCCUUUCUACAGUGACAAAGCUGGUAUCUGACAUAGUAAACUACUGGUGUGUCUGCUGGACUGAUAGAUUUGACCUAAGCCAAGAAUUAACUUGCAAGAGGGACCCCGUGAGGGCGUGGAGGCUGUGACAUCCAUUGUUAUAAGUUUUGUACAGACAGUUUAUAUUGCAUUUUGCUAAGCUGCUAAAGGGAAGUAUGAAGUGGCUGCAGCUCUGGGGCUGCAGUACAGUCUUCCAUAAAUUUAUAACAUUCAUGUUAACGAUGCCAUAUGCAGAACAAAUGCACUGUGGGGGAGGAAACAGGGCUCAGAGUGGAACAAGCAUCACUGCUUGUCUUACAUGCUAGGAACAGAGUAACAAAUCCAUCCCAGCAAAUCCAAAUCCUGAAGCUCAGACACUUCUGUGCUCACCACAAAACCAGCAUGGCUGUGAGUGUCAGCACUCUCCCUGCUGCAGUUUCACUUUCCCAUUACUGGGUUGGGGGUGGG